GAAAUGUCAUGCUGGCUCACUAGAGUCAACAUUACCAUAUAUGGCAAGGGAACAGUAAAGGGCCUCCAAGUUUGAUGAUAACAAUGCUGCAGAGACUAUGGCGAGCCUGUUCUGCUAGGGCCAAAAUGCAAAGGGAAGUCGGUAGAGUCCAAUCAAAUUGGAAAUGGAGAGAAAGAGAGAGACAAAGAAAACAAGGCACGGACAACAAAGAAAAGCAGAAGCUUCUAUCACUGCGGAAAGGCCGACAAAGACUAAGCAAAGACUCCAAAGGUUAAGUCAAGGGAUAGUCAUUAGUUAAGGGUUGAGUAAAGGUGAAAGAAAAGGUUGAUCCUUGAAAUCAAGGCCGAAAAUUUUUUGAUUCUUGUUUAUGAGCAUGCAAACGCGAAUAAAGCA